UCAAACAACUACAAUCCAGCUCUAUUCAAAUUCAUCACUCAAAUAACCAAAACCUUAACACAAAAAAAAAAAAAAAAAAAUCAUCAAACCAACAAAAAAACAUGUCCGCCAUAACAACCUUAACAUUCACAAACACCACCAACAUCACAUUCCCAACCUCAAUCUCCACGAAAAAUCCAAUCUUUCACACAACCCAUUUCACAAAACCACUUCAUCUUCAAAACCCACUUUCAAUUUCCCUCAGAAAACCCAUUUCCACCAUUGUUUUAUGCAAAGGUUCAGUAGAAUCAGAAUCUGAAGUGCCCUUUGUUCCUGAAGAUGAGUGGCUUCAGAAACUACCUGAGAAGACUAAGCCUUUGUAUACACAUAGCUUGCCUUGUAUUGAAGCUUGGUUGAAGAGUUUGGGGUUUAAUCAGAGUAAGGAUGAUAGGGCUUUGUGGGUUGUUAAUAAGAGUGAUUGGUGUGCUCAGCUUUCUCUUGAUGUUACUGACCUCUAUGUUAGGUAUUUGAAGAGUGGACCUGGGAAUCUUGAAAAAGAUGUAGAAAGGAGAUUCAGCUAUGCUUUGAGCAGAGAAGACAUUGAGAAUGCUGUGCUUGGUGGACCAUAGAUAGAUAGCCAUUUUGCUUUAUACUUUCAAAAUAUACAAUGGUUUAAUUCCUUGUUGGAAGUUAUUUCAUAUGUGAAAUCAUUGAUUUUCAUGUCAAAUUUCAUUCUAUUGAAAGGACUAGAGAGAAUGUUUUAUGAUGAGAUAAUUUCCAUGGUUUUGUAGAUAGGUGAAACUUAAUAAUAAGUUUCAUGGUGUCCCCUUUGUUUUCCCUUAGCAGCACUUAUAUUUUGUUUGGGGCUGAAUCUAACAUUUUAAAGUUAUUCA